CAUUCCUUUGAAAAGCUCUUGCACAACUUAUGGUGGAUAUUUGGAGGUCAUUCUCCAGUCAUAGGAUUUUCACCGUCUUCAGGUGUGGAAUUUGUUCCUCUCUUCCCACCUGUGUACACAUCUACGGUUCCGCCUCAUGCUGGGAAAAACUGGAUCGAUAAAAGGCUGCCGAACUGCAAAAUAUACUUAAAUAAUGCAUUUGCUCUGGAUUCAGCAUGGAUACAUCCUGAGGAAUCAAGACUCUUCCAGGGAAAUGAGAAGCCUCUAUUAAUGACAAAUCAAGUAGCUAUGGCUAUAGCCAGGCCAGCUACUGCCUCCAGGCCUCUUCCCACAGUGGUGUUGGCACCUCAGCUGAUACCAGGUGGUUGCCAGAAUAGCCUUAAACCGGUCAGCAGCAAUCAAACCCUCGCGUUGGCCGCAGCAGCCACUGCGGCGAUGAUGUCGGUGGAGUCUGAAGCCCCUCAAGGACCUUCACCCCCGAGCAUCCAACCCUGCCAUGUGCUGACCUUCUCACCUAUCAAAAUUCCACUGCUGACUUCGCCUUUUCCAGGUUCUGCCUCCAGAGUGGAUGCUCAUGUGGGUCCUUUGCUGCCAGCGCAAGUCGCCAGGGUAACUGCUGUGUCUGCACCAGCUGUGACGUUCGUGACAACCAACCUGAUGGAGCAGGCGUUAACAGAUAAUGGGAAGGAAUCCAGCCGGCCCUCCUGCCCACCCACCUUGAUUUUGCACGCCGACAGGAAAAGCGCGCCCGUGGAGAGGGAUGGCGAUAAGGAUCAUUCUUUUAAACUAGUAAAUGAGGAUGACAGUUCUUCAAAUGGCAACAAGCCCGUGGCAUCCACUCCAGUGCCAGGAUCACCAUGGUGUGUAGUCUGGACUGGAGAUGACCGGGUCUUCUUCUUCAACCCUACAAUGCAGCUAUCGGUGUGGGAGAAGCCGGUGGACUUGAAGCACCGUGGCGACAUAAACAGGAUCAUCGAGGAUCCGCCGCACAAGCGCAAGCUGGAGGCCGCAGCAACAGAUAAAAGUGUUAGCUCUUGUCCAGGAGAUGAAAAUGAUGAUCUUAGCAUCAAAAUAAAGAGAAAUAAAACAGAAGAUUCCCAAGCCGCUGACCAGGGGGAGGCAGAAACGGAGGAGAAAAAAGCGAAGACAUCAGGACAUCAGGUCACGCCUCCCCUCGAGGAGCGCAUCACGCAUUUCCGAGAUAUGCUGCUGGAGAGAGGGGUUUCAGCAUUUUCUACAUGGGAGAAAGAGUUGCACAAAAUAGUAUUCGAUCCACGGUACCUUCUGCUAAAUUCAGAAGAACGUAAACAGAUAUUUGAACAGUUUGUCAAGACGAGGAUAAGAGAAGAGUACAAAGAAAAGAAAAAUAAAUUGUUGUUAGCCAAAGAAGAAUUUAAAAAACUCCUCGAAGAAUCCAAGUUAUCACCAAGAACAACAUUUAAGGAAUUUGCAGAGAAGUACGGAAGAGAUCAGCGGUUUCGGCUUGUUCAAAAGAAGAAGGACCAAGAGCAUUUUUUCAAUCAAUUCAUACUUAUUCUUAAAAAGAGGGACAAAGAAAACAGGAUAAGGCUACGGAAAAUGAGAUAAAAGCUCUUGAAACUGGCAAUAAACACAGAAGUUAAUGCUGUGACUGCAGUUAGAAAAUAAAAUGAACGCUAAAGCAAAGGUUAAACUUGCAACAGCUUAACGAAGAAGUGGAUAUCCCUGGGAAGAACUUUAACGAAGUUUGUUGAACGUACGUAGAAGUUGUGAAGGCUGUUCUGCAGGAGUCUGAAGGAUAUUUUGUUCUCAAAGAAUUAAUGUUUCAUAUUGAAGCUCUCUUUUGUACAACAUCCAGAGUUUGAUGCAUUUCUAAUUGCCAUGAUAUGUCAAUCCCUUAAUUGUUUUAAUUAUGCAAAUUACUUGUAAUAUACACAAAUUAUGAAUCCAGUGCAGAUUUGUAAUUAAGCAGAAGCAGAUGCCAUCCAUAACAACCUCAAGAUAUUUUCAUCAUUUAGGGGAAUUAUCUAUCGCAAUCUUUGGCAACUUUACGCAUUAUCAUAAAUUGUUUAGCAGUACAGUGGUAUGCAGGGAUUCGUUACCCGCUGUUCACACGUCUAUGUCCAGUUCUCUGAGUAGUAGUAAUAAGAUAUUAAUUGUUAAUCUUAGUGAAGAGUGUGAAAAUCUUGGCAUAUGUUCCAUAGGAAAACGCUAAGUUUCAGAACUAGCUCUCUAAUUACUGUGAAUGGUGCUCUCAGGCACACAAGUGAUAGCAACACUUCUCCGUCAGUUCCUAUAAAGAAGUAUUUUGUAAAAGCAUCGCAGUAUGAGUUGAAUUAUGUUCCUGUAUGUGGAAAGUCUGCAUGAGAUUUUUCUCAUCAUCUUUGUAUGAAUAAAUAUUUAACUUUUUUAAUUAAUAAUAAAUAUUUUAAGCCAA